AUGAAAAGGAGAAGUGCAGCAAUUUCUAGUUUAUCAGGAUCUCCAAAACGUUAAUUAUCAUAAAUGAGUAUACAUGGUAUCACUUAUAUUUAUUUAAGAUUUUCCAAAUUUGGAAUUGUUAUCUUAAAAUUAUGAAGAUGAUUAACUUGGAAUUAUGUUAUCUGAAAGUGUUAUUGUUAGUAGAUUUAUAUGUCGAUAAAUUAUCUAAAAAGCAAGUGAUAUAAUUUAAGAGAAUUAUGUAUUGAAUUAAUUAAUUCCUUUUGGAUGUUAAUGGACAGAAUAAUUUGUUAAUUUGAUAAUUACAGAUAUAACAGAGGAUAUGAAUUAAAUUGAAUCAAAUUAAGAUGAAGUUGAACCUAAACCAUGUCCAAUAGAACAUUGGAGAAGAAUGAUUGGAUAAAUGUUGAGUCCCAAAAGAACUUAAAUUGAAAAUAGAUCUUUCAGAAGAGAAUCUAAAUUAUAAGGUACUGAAAUUACUAAAGUUGACAAUCAAAGAUUUGAUACUCAACCAGUUAAAAUGGGAGAUUUAGAUGAUGAUUUAGAUUUUGAUACAGAGAUAGAAUCUAUGCGUCAAGCUAAAGCUAGAUAGAUAUUUAAUUUGCAAUAAAAACAGAUGCAAGAUCUAAUUAAAAAGCAAGAGUACCAUGAAAUGAAUAGACAACUUAAAAGAUUAAAUGUUGAUUCUAAAUGUAUUAAUCAACUUACGUAGCCAAAUACACUUACGAUUUUGAGGGUAGAGUCUUAGUUUAGAAGCCACCAGAUGUUGAACGCUAUCCAAGAACUUAUUAAGAUAUCCAAGAAAAAAGAGUCCUAUUAGAAGUUAAAGACCUUUUCCCUCAUCAUAAAAAAUAAUUAGAAUCAAUUAAUAAUCACAAAAAGAAAACUAUUGAAUAAUGUAAUCCUUCAACAUUAUCUAAUCGUUUUAGUACAUCAUAAAUUGAUAUAAUAUAAUUAAAACAAGGAGUUGCUUUUAUAGAAGGCAAAAAUGAAAAAAGAAAUGAUCGUCAACAUUCUUUAGUUGAUAUCAAAGAUCCUAAAGAAUUGUAAAAAACUUUAUCUUAAAUCCAUCUAAAAAUGAGUAAAGAAGAAUAUUCAAUCAUUACAAAUCAACCCUUAUAAUCUAGUUUCACCUCUAAAUAAUUGAAUCUAACACAAAAUAAAGGACAAUUAUCAUAGUAAUUCUAAUAACCUAAUCCUCAAAAUGUUCCUCUAUCCAUUAAUGGAGAUCAAAGUAUUUAAUCUCUUAAUUCAUCUAUAUUAUAAAAACUUAAUGGAACCAUUUCAAUCAUCUCAGAUCACUAUGAUGAAUUAUUAAUACAUGAUCCCUCUUCAUUAAUUACACCUACUACUACCAAAUUGCCAUAAAUUUAAUAAACAUUCUAAUAAUAAUAGACUAUUCCAUAAAUACCAUAACAUUUGCUAACUGAACCAACUUCUAAUCCAUUAUCCAAUUCUGUUACUAAACUACCUAAAACCAUGUAUGUCCCAGGUACAUUUUCCAAGAUCAUUCCAAAAUACCCUAGAGAAAGAAUCUCACGAAUUGUUAAACAAAUCAAAUAAUGA